AUGGCACAGGACCUGCAGCGCGAGUACCUUCGCGACGCGCGACGCAAAGCCUCAGCUGCUGAGUACUUUGAUGCAGAAGAGAGUGGCGACGAGCAACAAGAAGCAGCAGCAGCAGCAGCAGAUGCGACUUGUGGAGCUGUUGGCGCGCCGGACGACGAUGAAGUGGAUCCGCUGGACGCUUUCAUGCAGGGAAUCGACGCCCAAGUGACGCAACAACAGGCGGCGGCGCCCAAACAGGUGGCGGACAAGCCAAAGGUGCUACGGCACGAGGUCGACGACGCACACAGCAGUUACCUCGAAGAGUGCGCACGGAGGGCGUCAAAGCCUCGCGUUGAGCUGAACGCUGGGAGUGGUGACUCGGACGAAGAAGUGUAUGCUGCUGCUGCCCAAGUGGACAAUGCAGACGGCAGUAUGGGCCCUCUGGACACGAAGAAAGCGAUGGAAGUGUUGACUCCGAUCGACCACUCGUUGGUGCAGUACGAACCGUUCCGGAAAGCGUUUUAUACGCCACAUCGAGCCACAGCAGCUCUGAGUGAGCAUCAAGUCGCAGGCAUUCGGUCGGACUUGCGUGUGAAGGUGUACGGAGCUGCUGCGCCGGCUCCCGUGCGGUCGUUUAUGCAUCUCGGCCUCGAUCGAAAGAUGCUGCAGACGCUCAUGCGACUCGGACUGGAAGCGCCAACGGCGAUCCAGGCGCAAGCGUUUCCAGUGGCGCUGUCAGGGAGAGAUUUGAUUGGGAUGGCCAAGACCGGGUCGGGGAAGACGUUGGCGUUCACGCUCCCGAUGGUUCGGCACGUGAUGGACCAACGAGAGCUUCAGAAAGGCGAAGGACCGAUUGCAGUGGUGCUGGCACCCACGCGGGAACUGGCCCACCAAACGUACGUGCAAGCCAAGAAGUUUCUGGCCGUGUACGGGGCGUCGUGUGCAGCGAUCUACGGUGGCGCUGGCAAGUGGGAACAGAUUCUAGCGCUGAAGAAAGGUGUCGAAGUCGUGGUGGCGACGCCCGGGCGACUGAUUGAAAUGAUACGAAAACGGACUGCUCCGAUGGACCGCGUGACGUUUGUGGUUCUGGAUGAAGCCGACCGCAUGUUUGAAAUGGGCUUUGAGCCUCAGCUGCGCUCGAUCUUGGGGCAAAUACGCCCCGACCGUCAAACACUCAUGUUUUCCGCUACGUUUCGCCGAAGAAUUGAGACGCUCGCGCUCGAUGCGCUUACGGAUCCAGUGAAGCUGAUAGUUGGCCAGGUGGGUCAAGCCAACGAAGACGUUCGUCAGCUUGCUGUCGUGCUACCGGGACAUGGGGCCAAGUGGCCGUGGCUGAUGUCACGGAUACGUAGUCUGGUUGACGAAGGUCGUUUGCUCAUCUUUGCUGGGAACAAGGCUGGGUGCGAAGAGCUGGCAAAGAACUUGGCCGCGGUCUUUCCGGCAGCGCCUGCCCUCUGUUUACACGGUGACAAGACGCAAUCGGAACGAGCACAGGCAUUGGCAAAGUUCAAACGGGGCGAGUGUCGCGUGGUUGUUGCGACGGAUGUCGCGGCGCGGGGGCUGGAUGUCAAGGACGUGAAGAACGUGGUGAACUUUGACGUGGCCAAGACAAUCGACACUCAUGUGCAUCGCAUUGGCCGCACAGGACGCAUGGGGCUAGAAGGGUUCGAACCUGGCACGGCAUAUACGCUGGUUACCCGCAACGAGGCACCGUUUGCGGCUCAACUCGUCUACAACAUGGACGUUUCAGGACAAGCGGUAUCACCGGAGCUACUUGCACUCGCCAAACAAGACGCGCGCUUUCGUCGAGGCGUGAAUGCAGUUGGCGGGCAAAGGGCUUCUCCUGCGCAACAGCACGUUGGCAAAAGCACUGGAGCCGAAGCUCGUGCCUUUGACGUGGAAGACGCUGCCGAGCUGGAGCGCUGGAAUGACGACCGACGGAAGAGCAAGCGCGACCAACGCAAAGGACUGGGCUUUGCAGACGAUAAGAAUGCCAAAGCCACAGGAAGACCAGUGGGCAUGCGCGGAUUCGUCAAGGCGUCGGUACCUGCCACUUCGCUGGCAACUGCGUUUCGCUCUGGUUUUGUCAAGUCGUCGGUACAAGUCGACGCCCAGCCACCGAGUAUUGCACCUGUGAGCUCGCAGGCGCCACCUCCACCAGCACUUGGUAUUGCACUGCAACUUGCAGUCCGACCAGCUGCUAAUGACGAACGGCAUACAGCUGCUGAGCCGCUGCACCACGAGCGACUUGCAGCAAGUGGUAUACCAACGAACAUACCCAAUCAAGCGUCUCCACUGCUCGUGAAUGCUGCAGUUGUGACAACCUCUGACGCAGACGAGAAAGCGCCGGAUGGAGCAGGUCGCGAUCAAGAAGUCGAGUGCGUCAACGCCGUCGAAGCAGUCGCAGCAGCUCCAGAUCGGAAAGUCGCCAUCGCCGUCGAUCCCGUUCAUACUCCUCGGAGAGGUCUCGAAGACGUCGACGCAGGUCACCUUCUGACGACCGCCGGCAUCGUCGAAGCUACAGCUCCGGUCGAAGCAGUUGCAGUCGCAGCUCGAGUCGAAGUCGGGAUGAUGGACGUAAGCGCCACAGACGUGAACAGCAUCGGUCGCGUGGUCGACCCCGUUCUCAAGAGCGUCGAGGGCGGUGAAGGAAUCGGCAGCGUCCGCUGA